CAGGAUUACAUUAUAGAAGCCUCGAACUUCGAGAAACGUGUGGGUGUUUAAAAUCUGUCGUCAGAAGCCAAUAAACUGUUAUGUAAAUGCAACGGAAUACUGUUCGCAUGUGGAGAUAGUUGCAUUUACCAUAUAAUACGAGGUAUUUGGUCGCAAUUACUGUCGAUAAAAUGCAAAAAUCUACGCAGAUCCUAACACGAAUACAAUACCCAAUGAAGUUUGGCCUUCACCUGAUUCAGCUUAGAUGCCACAAAUGGGAACCAUAUUUCAACACGAAAAUAUUAUGUAAAACAUGCUUAAGCUAUUUAAAGCCUUAUAUUCGCACAUCAGGGGCAGACAGAGGGGGUACAUAUUUCCAAUAAAAGAC